ACAUGUGUGAUUGCGUGGUUAGUAUGGUUAGAAGCCUCUCCAGUCGUCACUCUUAGUUAUUCCAGCAUGAUGAAUAUAUCGCAUUGAUUUUAAAUCGUUUUAGCGCCGAUGUCACGUUUGCCAAUAAAUAAAUGAAGUCAUUUAAUAUUUGGUGAAAAUCGCGACUCUCGAACAUAUAACGUGAUUUAGUACUUUUUGUGAUAAAAUGUACAUAUACCGUUGUCAAUACCGGUAGUGCAUAGUAGAUACGCCCACAACACGUUAAACGUGUUUAUUUCCACGAAAAUUUCGUGGAUAUUUACCAGAAAAAGGUCUAGCCGAGAGAAGAGGUUAAAAAAGCACUAUUUUUUAAAUCGCUUUGAAUUAAUCGUAAGUAAUGGUCCAUGACACUUGAUAAGACCAUUUACUCCUCUUCAUCUCGUUGUUCGAAUAGAAUACGGCUAACAUACAGUGAGAAUUGAUUUUUCAUGCACGUGCAAAUUUACAACACACACGUGUGUAUCUGUUAAAUAAAACAUAACAUAUAAUAAGGAAUGGGAAUUGACAGUAUGAGAGUCGGAGGAGGCCGAUGUCCUCCCCUCGUUCUUGGCGGACUUCUCACUGCUUGUAUAAUGCUUAUUUGCAACUGGUGGAUUUUAUCUUCUGAAAAUAUCGAAUUAGUUAGGCAACUCGACGAAUUGAAUGAACAACUUAGAAUUAGUGCCGAGGAAAGAGAUCAAUGUGUUACACUACGCAAAAAUUUUGAACAGAGAUACAAAAAUGCAGAAAAUGAGGUGGCAUCGCUUCAUGUACAUUUAGAACAACAAGAAGAGUUAAAGAAAAAAAAUGAUGACUUAAAUGAAAAUUUGAAUAUGUGCAAAAAUGAAUUGGAUUCAUUAACCAAGUUAGAUGCUACUAAAACUACAACAUUGGAAACAUUAAGACUUGAAAAAAAAACUGUUAAUUCACAGUUGAAUAUAACAAGAGAUGAAAAUAAAAAGCUGCAGGAAGACAUAGAACAGUUAAAGGAUGAUCUUGAUAAAAUUAAGCUUACAUGCAAUCUAACUCCUGAAAAGAAAGCUCCACCUACCUUACAACCUACAAGAGAAGUAAUUAACAAGAUUCAGUUGGAUCCUGUUCCGGAAUCAGCUAUAAGAAUAUCGUUAGUUGGUCAGCGUGGUUUGAAAUACCAUGGAAUUCCAAUUCUUCCAAAAGAUCCACCUGGCACUGUGCGCCUAAGUCCUCGCUUCUCUGUUACAAUGCUGAAAGAUAGCGAUACUUUUCUCUUAUCUCAGGAGAGAAGAAGGCGGCCACAGAAAUAAAAACACUCAUGCAGUAAUUGUCUCAAACAAGUCCAAAGAACCACAAGACUAAUGAUUCAAAUGGAGGCAUAGAGGACAAUGUAGAAGUUG